AAUUUAGGUAUCCUAAUAAGCUUUUCCUUAAUCUACAUUAAAUUUACUACAAUUUAAAAAAAAAUUGUAUCGAGGUCGUGAUUUGGUUGUGAGAUACAGCAAAAAGAAAAGCGAAAGGUCAUACAUUUUUUGAACAUGGUCAACUUCGCCGCUCACUUCCCCCAAUAAAAUAAAGUGUGUUUACGUUGACUUUAGUUUUCCUUUAAUUGACAUAACUUGAGCAUUAUUGACAAAAAGAAAUUAUUGCGCUAUCUCUAUUCCUUCUCGUUAUAUUAGAUUUUAAACAAAAAAAAUGUGAUUUAGCCCAUAGUGCGCCAUGCGGGUUCACUAGUUUAUAUAAUUGUCUUUGUCGUUGCCUUUGACUGUGUAUUAGUUUUUAUUAAAAUUAUUCAUUAGAACAGUUUAUUUUUGUUUAAUAAUGCAGGAACAGCUUAGUAAAAAAAACAAAAAAAAUCUAAAAUUACCAAAUGUUUUAGUCCUUUCCAAUCUGAAUUUAAUAUUUUAUACUUAUUUUAUAAACUCCAAAUUCGUCUUUGAUGACGAUGAUAGAUUCCUUUGGCUCAAGCUUGAGGGUUAAUGCGAAAUGUUUGUUUUCCCCGACCUGUUGCAUUGAACUCGCUACACAACGCUAAGCUCUAAGCAACCAUAUCCUAGCAACAGAAGCGACGGGUGUGUUGUAAACAAAUACUUUCAAGCCACAACAAACCGUUGUCAGCGGCAGAGCUAAAAGUUUACUAAAGUUGCACAGGAAAAAUUUAAUAUUUUAGCUGAUAUAACAUUAGCAAAAUAUAUAUAUAAUUCAAUAUCAUAGAUAUGUCCUUCAAGGAUGUGCGAGACCUCGCUGAGCACCUCAAACUACUCGGCUAUCCGCAUGUGUUCCCUCUGCAGGCGUUGGCCAAUAAUUUCGGCAGUCUUGCCUCAUUUCAUGUCGUCGCCGAAGUUCUCCAAUGGUUGGCCGGUCUACUGGAGCCAGGUGCCGUACUGUCCGGCAGCGUAGAAUCGGAGAAUGAGCGCAUAUUACUUAUACGCUCCGCCACCGAGUUCUUUGUUACUAAAUCGGCCAUAAAGCUCAAUCCACGUAAGUUAUAUGCGUCUUCUGCCGUCACCGCCACCGAGUUGCAGAAGAUCACGCGCAUGCUGAUCGCACCGCAACAAUCGUCCGAGGACAAGGAUGAAGAGGAGAACUACCGCAGUCUCAACCAGGUGGACAUAGGUGAUAAAAUGGAUGAUUUGCGUCGUGCUCGCGAGCUCUCCACAGAUCUAACUCAGCGCGGCGCUGCACUGCACGAGCUGCUCGCUAAAGAAAUGCUACACCGAGAGACACGCCUGGCGCAAGCCAAUCGUCCAAUGGAGUUGGCGUCAGCAGAGCGUACACUUAAGAAUGCUGUAGCAGCCGCACAAUUGAAAUUGCAAUCGAGUCGCGGACAAUUGGAGAAUGCACGCGUCGAAAUGAACGCGCUUAGCUCAAAGUUGCAACGCAAGCGCGCCGAAUUGGAGCGCACCAAGCAGCGUUUGGAGGCAUUGCAGAAGAUACGACCGGCGCACAUGCAAGAGUUCGAGGAAUGCGAGAAGGAGCUGCAGGAAUUGUUUCAACAAUAUUUUCAACGUCUACAUGUGCGCGAUGCGUUGCGUGCCCAAUACGAAGCGCGCACCAAACGCAGUACACCUGUCGCCUCGCCAAUGCUGCAGAAGCCGCAGGAAUCAUCAAUGCCCUUCAUACCGGAGGGUCUCAUAGAAGACGAUGACGACAAUGAGGGCGAAGCAGAGCUGGAUGGCAGUGGUGUGCUGCGACGUGGCAAUUUCGGACUGGAUGCGGAGAUUCCAGAUAUUCGAGAUGAGGAUAUGAUUUUGCGCAACCGGAGAUCAUAUAGUGGAUUGAUGGAUGAGGCGGCGCGUAAGAUGAGUAAGCGGCCAGGUACGGCAACUUCGCGCAAUGGACGCCCAAUAACGGGACGUAAUCGUCGGCCUCAAGCCGAGCGCCUUGCAGCGGAAGAUGGCGGGGACGUCGAUGGACGCGGUGUCGGCGCUAUGGGCAGCAUGCUGAGUACGCGCGCUACACUGGGCGGGGAGGGUGACGAGGAUGACAGCUCAUUUGGUAGUUCGGACAGUGACCUGGGCAUGGGCGGACUGCUGGGCAUGGGGCGCGGGCAAGCACCAAGCGGUCUACUGAGCAAUUUAGACUCCGAGUUGGCCAACUUUGUCGACGAUGAUUUUGAUCUAAACUCGAUGGAUGACAUAAGUAUUUCGAAAAUCACAGGAGAACUGCCGUUGCGUCCGAAGACAGCAAGCAAGCCGGAUCAUCACAGCGAUGAAGACUUUUAGAGCAAAUGAAUGCAAUUUAUUAGCGAUCCGCUCUCAGACCACCAUUUAGAGACACAAACACAUGUAGGUUGUCUAACGUAUAUAUUUUUAUAUCAAUAUCUCAAUCCUACGAUUAGUUGUAUUUGUAGAAAGCAAAGUUGCAGCAUCGAAUAAACUAGAUAAUAAGUUUAUGUAUAAUAGAGUUAUUU